UAUCGUUUACCAGUCGCCGUUCGCCUUCGUCCGCACGAUUUUCCGCGUUCGUCCCGUCGCGCUAUUGGCUCCAAACCGCACGAUACCGCCGUCACGUUUACGCGAAAAAUUUUCAAUUUUUACAACCGAUACAAAUAGACACGUUGCGAUCGUGAGGCCCUGUCGAAUCGAUUUCGCAGUACUGCUCGUCGGUCAGUCGCGUGUUCCGAUUUUCCAUUCCGAAAUUAAUAUUUCUCUCGGUGUGUCGUGCGGUAACGUAUUAUAGUGUGAUAGUGCCGUUAAAUUAUCACGCACGACAUAACUGUAUUAUUGACGACGGAUAUUAUUACCAUCGCCGCAGUCCGUACCCGUGGACCAGUCGUCCGAAUAUCGUCUGCAACACGCUUCGGGUGAAGAAAACAGAAAUCUCGCCGAUAAACCUCACACAUCACGUACACCGUCGAUGUUCGCUAUGCCAGUGGUCAUAAACGGUCCCAGCGGUCGUCGCGACGCGUGAAAACAGCUUACCAAACGUGUCGACGUGAUCGCACGUGCACGAUGAGGCCGUUCGUGGUUGGCGUGGGAUUGGCACUGCUGCUGGCCAUCGGAACGUUCCACAGCGCCGUAUGUUCGCAAAACGGCGAUGGAAAAAAAAAUUCAGUGCCGGAAACUGGAGGAAAACCUAUCGAAAAACCUUUGGCUCCCGUUCGCGGUAUCUCUACUGCGCUGCCGCCGCGUAACACAACAAACUCGACCGCCACGGUGGGUACCGCGACCACACCGGAUGUGACGAACGCGACGCAAAGCAGUGCACUGGACGACGCGCAACUCCAACGGACACUACUCAAACCGAAGUUUUUGACGGAAAACUCGUCGACCGUCGUCGCACAGACGGGAGCUUCCAGUCGGAUAUCCUGUCUCGUCGCCAACCUGGGUGACUGCGUGGUUUCCUGGAUUCGUAGACGAGACUACCGACUACUCACGGUCGGCCUAUCAACAUACACGGAAGAUUUGCGGUUUCAAUCUCUGCACCACGUUCAGACUGGGGAUUGGACGUUACAAAUAAAAUACGUUCAGCUACGAGAUGCCGGUUUGUACGAGUGUCAAAUAUCAUCACAUCCACCGAAAAGCAUUUUUAUCAAUUUAAAAGUUGUCGAGGCACAGGCCGAGAUAGCCGGUGCUUCCGAGAAGUAUCUGAUGUUGAAUAGCCCGCUGCAUUUGGAAUGUGUGGUCCAACAGAGCCCCGUGGACCCGGUGUAUAUAUUCUGGUACCACGACAGCCGAAUGAUCAACUACGACAUCGACCGGGGCGUGAACGUCACGUCUGACUUACCGAACAAGCACAGCGCAUUGUACAUUGAACGCGCGUCUCGCGCCCAUUCCGGCAACUACACGUGUGCACCGAGCAACGCGUUCCCUGCCAACACGGUCAUACAUAUUCUCAACGGUGAGAACCCGGCGGCCAUGCAGCACGGACACGGACGGAGUCUGAACAUGCUUAGCUGUCCGUCCAUAUGGAUACUCAUACCGUCCUUAGUGAUGUUCAUCAACUUGAAUACAAAUUGAAAGCACAAUAUUAUUGGUGUGCGACUGCAGUGAGCGCGUGAAAAACGAAAAACGCUACGCCUAUAAAAUAACUUUAUUAUUGUAGGAGAAAAAAUAUAUUAAUAAUAAUAACGAUGACAGAUUAAGUGUGAAAUAAAUGAACACUGUAAAUACAUUUUUGAUUACGGACAUAUAGCUUUUAAUAAUUUCUAAAACACUGUUGUUUGAUAUUAAAUAAUAUUACGUCAUUACACACUACGCCAUGGUGUUUUAUAAUUUCAUUAAUACGUCUGUCGAUACCUUUAUAAUAUACCAAUUAAACAAUUUAUGAUUCGAUAAUAAUAAAAUACUAUUAUAAUAAUUAUAAUAAAAUAAAAAUAUUAUGUACUCUGUUACAAAUUUUAUCCGUGUUAGUUUUUAUUAUGUUUUAAAUGGUGUAUACGAUUCGUAUAUAGAAAAAUGUAUAUAUUGGUGAUAUUUAUUUGAUAUUUUCCAUGAUAUUAUGUAAAUCCAUACGUUUACGAUUUUGGCUUGUACAUUUUAGUUUUAAAAAUAUAAUAAUGUAGAAAUAAUGAAGAUAUGUUUCUUGGACAUAUUAUUAUACGCGUUAAAGAUAUAAAAUAAAUGACAAGUAAGGUCAUUUCAAUCAGGUGUUUAUUGUGUUGUACAUUUUAAGAUUAAGAACAAUGUUAAGUUUAUACAUCUAAUAUUAUAUUAUUGAGUACGUAUAUACACUAAUUUAUUCAUCGAUGUGUCCAACUCCCUAAAAAUUGUUUUAAUUUGUGUAAAUAAAUAUUUAUAAAGUAUUACGAAUAAGUAAUUUGUUCUGAUAUCUGAAAACAAUUUAUUUUACCAAAUAUUUUUUAACAAAUGACAACCUGGAUUGGAAUUUUAUAUAAAUACACGAUAAUGCGUUUUCGAAAUUUAACAUCUAACCGCUAAAAUAUACCUGUAAAAAAUAUGAAUGCAAAUAAUUAUUUUAAAGCCGAAAUGUCUUGGAAAUGUGUAACUAAUGUGAAGUUGGUUAAUUGAUAUUAUCAUGGUUGAAUGAGUCACCAAAGUCCAUGUUUUGUUUGCCAUAGUUCAACGUUUGCAAAACUUUACUAUUCGCUGAAAUAUUAAACUUAGUAACCCCUGAUGAAAUAAAACAAUACACUUCAUUGAACUAUUUGUGAAACAUUAAAGGGAAAUGCAAAUAUGUCUCAAAUUUUCGGGCUUUUGAGAAUUCUUUUUGAUAUUAGUUUUUGUACAAAAAGGAAAUGCACAGGAAUACAUUAUUUUUCUCUUUAAACAAUGUGUUCGUAUGUUUAUUCCAAAAGGAACAAAUAAGCUUUUGGUUUUACAACGUCAUCAUUUUUUUCUCAUUUUUUUUUUCACAAAUAUUUUUAGAGCAGUAAACUUUUUCAAAUUCUCUCAUGUAGAAUAUACAGUUCAUUGGAAAUCGAAUGUAAUUUGUGCUUUAAAAACUACAACAUUACUAAACAUAAAUUAUUAUUAUUAUUAUUUAAUAACCAAUCAUACAAACAAAACGUUUAAUUUUCAGUAUUACAGAUUAUCUAAAAAUAAACAUAUAUUAAAAAUCUAUAAAUUCAGAAUUUAACGACAAGUAUUUAUAACAAAAAUUGUAUUAUAUAUAGUACUAUUAUACAAACAUUAUAAACAAUUUGUUAUAAUUUGUUCAAGGUGAUUAUUUUGAAAGUAAACAUACAAGUAUUAACGUUUUUGGAAAUUGUUUUUAUUACUUGAUUCAAAAAAUUCAAAAAAUAAUAAUAAACAAAACAAAAAAAGGUAAAAAUAUAAUUGUUGAAAAAUAAUUUGUGUUAUACUUUAAAUUCAAAUUUAAAAUAUUUAAAAAUAUUUCUUUAAACGUUAAUACUUUAUUAGAAAAUACAAGCUAAACUUUAAAGUAAUCACGAUGUACGUAUCAUAUUAUAAAUCCAUACACAAUUUAUUUUUAUUUUUAAAUAACUUAACACCUUAAUAAGCAAUUUGUGAUGAUUCAAAUGUUUCUAAAAUUGUGAGCAAUAGAUGAAUCGUUAAACUAUAUAUUAUUUUAAUAAAAGUACUCAAUUGUAAAUUAUAGCACUGUCCAUGUAUGUAGUUAAACAGCUUAAACGAUUCUACUGUAUCUACCAACCAUUUUUUUUUUAAAUUAUAUUUAUUUUUUAACGUUCAAUAAAUAUCUUUAUUUUUUUUUUUAUUAUUAUAUUUAUAAAUUGUA